AUCUUGAAGACCUGCACCGUUUACGUGGAUGUUUGGAUGUCUCAUGGGGAAAACACAUCGUCACUCUUCUAUGAUAUUGCAAAGGAUCUAGGUGCACAUAUCGUAAAGAGCAUUGGGCCACAAUGCACUCAUGUUGUAUACACAUCAGGCCGUCAGAGCACGGUACGGAAGUACUUUGCUUUGGACGAAGAAAGGAGGCCAAAGGUCGUUGGAGCAGCAUGGCUAAAAGAUUGUCGGGAUACUGCCACAUAUCUAGGGGAAGAACCUUACCUGGUCAACUUG